AUGGCGUCAAAAGCCACAACAACAGCGAAUUUUAUACAAGAUUCAAAUUCGGAACAAAAUUCUGCUUUAACAAAUAUCUUACAAUUUUUAAGUGAGUCAAUACAUUUUAUAGCCGAUACAUACAGCUGUUCGAAUUUAUCUGAAGAAUGUUUAAAGUGUUUAACGUUGGAAACAAUAGGCAUUGUUAGAUUUCUUUUGCAAGAUGCGUCAAAGUUUUCACGAAAAUAUCGACGAACAAAGAUGAUCACAGAUGAUUUUGAAUCAGCUAUUAAACUUCGGCAUGCGGAGCCAGUUAUCGGCUAUAGAUUAUCCGGCGAUCUUCCAUAUAAAUCAGCAGUUAAUAGUCAUCGCGAAUUAUCUUAUGUUGAAGAUAAAGAAAUACAACCAGAAGAUGUGAUUGCAGCUCCUCCACCAAAAGCUCCAUUCGAUAUUUCUUUACCUGUCAUGUCUUGUAUAUUGGACAGACAGUUAUGUUCACGUCCUGAUACAAAUAAUCAUUGGGCUUUGCGAGAUUUUGCUGCAUCACGUUGUGCACAAAUGGUGAAAAUUUGGUCUAUGGAAAUAGGACAAGAAACCAUUGAAGAACUUGUUUGUCCAAUAGUGAAAAUUAUUGGUGAAAGAAUAAUGAAAAUUACGGAAAGUUCACCAAUGACACCGUUAGACAAAAUAGCUAUAGAAAAAAUGAAUUAUCAGCUAUUGAAAUAUGUUCCAUCUGCCUAUCGUGCAUGUCGUGAUCCCCCGGAUGACAUAGAAAGUUUUAAACAAGAAUUUAGUAACUAUUUUGGGGCGAAACUUUACAAUCAAGUUUUACCAUUGUAA